AGUCCCGAAAAAAAUAUGUCCGAAAUCGAUGAACAUAUACUAAAGAGAUUUGAUAUAAAAAAAAGAUUGGGUAAGGGGGCUUAUGGCAUCGUCUGGAAGGCCAUAGAUAGGAAGACCAAAGAUGUUGUUGCGAUAAAAAAAAUAUUUGACGCGUUUCGCAAUCAGACCGACGCGCAAAGAACUUUUCGUGAAAUUAUAUUUUUACAAUCAUUUCGUAAUCAUCCGAAUAUUGUAAAGCUGCACAGUAUACACAGAGCAUUGAACAACCGCGAUAUAUACCUUGGCUUCGAAUACAUGGAGACUGAUUUGCACAACGUCAUCAAACGGGGUAACAUAUUGAAGGAUAUACAUAGGAGAUAUAUAAUGUAUCAAAUGUUAAAAGCGACGAAGUAUAUACACUCUGGUAAUGUGAUACAUAGAGAUCAGAAACCUAGUAAUGUACUCAUCGACAGUGCCUGUAGGGUGAAGCUAGCUGACUUUGGUCUAGCUCGGUCUGUGUCAUCGAUGUACUCUGGUGGUGAAGAUGGAGCGGACCCAUGCUUGACGGAUUACGUUGCCACGCGCUGGUAUCGAGCACCGGAAAUACUCAUUGCUAGUAAAAAUUACACAAAGGGCAUAGACAUGUGGUCUCUCGGUUGCAUCUUGGGUGAGAUGCUGACUGGCAAGCCUUUGUUUCCAGGAACGUCUACCGUUAAUCAGAUCGAGCGGAUCAUGGCUGCGCUGCCGAGGCCGUCUUCUGAAGAUAUUGGAGCAGUAUGUAGCGGCUACGGAUCAUCCCUCAUCAAAGAGUUGGCAUCAGCUAAUUCGAGGAACGCGUCUCUGACUGCUCAACUGGCAUGUGCGCCAAAAGAUGCAUCAGAACUAGUCCAGCAAUUGCUCGUGUUUAACCCAGCGAAACGACUCAGUGCAGAAAGGGCCUUACAUCAUGAAUAUGUCUCCAAAUUCCACCGUGAAAAAGACGAACUGAUUCUACCAUCAGACGUUUUGCUGCCUCUACGUGAUGAUAAGCAGAUGUCUGUAGACGACUACAGGAACAAGCUGUACAGCAUAAUGGCAAAAGGUUUCCAGAAUUCCAAUGAACAGCCAAGGAAAACUUAUUCCAGCAAGUCACAAAUAAUAGCAACGUCCACUAAGAGCAGGAGUUUUCAAGAAACGUCUGAUAUAUCGAAAUCACAUAUGAAAUCCAAGCUAAGUGUGUCAGCUGAUCAGAAACUCAGACCGAAGCCGAAGCCAACCGAUAGACCAUUGAAAGAGUUCAGAUCAGAUCAGACUAUCGGAAAACCCAUGAAAGCGACCAGGUAUUUCGAGACUAGGAGCCAUGAAUGGAAUAAUAGUCACGGGGAUUACUUCCAAGUCGCGAGACAGAAUCCAUCAGAUAUAUUCUCAGGGGAGAAGAAAAAUCUUCAGCAGAGAAGGAAUUCGACGUCGUUCUCCACAAUAACCAUUGGUGAUGGGUGCUACGGGAACCAGAAACAUGGUGUUAUAACUGCAAGCGCUUUGUUGGACUUGAGGACAAGUAUCCGAUAAAUUCAAUGAAUGUUCUAGAAUA